GUCGCACGGUGAAAUGCUGAGGGAAACGAUUGGUAUUCUAUUGCUGGCAACAGUGGCACUUGCUCGAGUGGGCUACGGUCCGGGAGAGCAAGACUGGGGCUACGUGGACGUACGUCCUGGGGCUCACAUGUUCUAUUGGCUGUACUACACAACGGCCGAUGUGGAGACCUACACAGAUCGCCCACUCGUGAUCUGGCUGCAAGGUGGCCCAGGAGCUUCUUCGACGGGAUACGGGAAUUUUGAGGAAUUGGGACCAUUGACCCUCGAGGGUGAACAGAGGGAUUUCACGUGGGUGCGACGCUACAACGUUCUCUUCAUCGACAAUCCCGUGGGAUCGGGCUUCAGCUAUGUGGACGACAAUAGUUUGCUGACAAAGACCAACGAGGAGAUCGCCAAUGAUCUCGUGACACUAAUGAAGGAGUUCUACAGAAGGCAUCCAGAGUUCCAGCUGGUGGACUUGCACAUCUUCUCUGAAAGUUAUGGCGGGAAGAUGGCUGCGGAGUUUGCUUAUGUGCUGGACAAGGAAAUUAAGCUGGGAAAUAUUGUGUGUGAACUGAAGUCGGCUGGAUUGGGCGAUGCUUGGAUCUCACCAAUAGACUCCAUGAUCUCCUGGGCACCCUUUCUCUGGGACAUUGGGGCGGUGGACAGAGAGGGCGAGAGGAGAGUAGCGGCUGCGACAGAGCUGACAAAGAUCGCGCUGGAUGAGGGCAGAUUUGUAGAAUCCACAAAUCUCUGGGGAUACACAGAGCAAGUGAUCACAGAAGUCACAUACGGCAUUGAUUUCUACAAUGUUCUCUUCAAGAAGAACUACGGUGAGAUGAUGACGAAGCUGCGGGAUCUUCGACUGGACAGACCGAGGGCAAUGUACAGAACCUUGGUGAAGUUUGAUGCCAGAGACGCUCGAGAUGACAUGCUGGAUGCACUGAUGAAUGGCCCUGUCAAGGAGGCCCUCCAGCUGCCGGCUGAAGUGACUUGGGGAGCUCAGAGUUGGCCCACUUUCAAUGUUCUCCGUGAGGACUUCAUGAAACCCGUGACGGACAUUGUUGAGCUCCUGUUGAAUACCACACAAGUUGAAGUGAUUGUGUUCAGCGGACAACUGGAUUUAAUUGUAGCCACUCCGGGUACUGUAAUGUGGGUGGAUCGCCUGAAAUUCCCACAAAAGACACAAUAUGUGGCCUCCAAUAGGGAGGGAUUGGGCGUUGAUGGCAUCCUCGAGGGCUACUACAAGACUGCCGGGCGAUUCUUCAUGUACUGGGUCAACAGGGCAGGCCAUAUGGUGCCCGCUGACAAUCCCGCCGCCAUGGACUUCAUUCUCCAGCGUGCCACCGGCUAUCCUUAAGAGUUCUUCAAAUUUUCAAACAGUCAUUCUCAGGUGUUUCUCUGAACUGUAAAUCAAUUCAAACAAUUUAACUGAACAAUCUUUUAUUGAAGUAGUAGCGUAUUGAGGAAUU